AUGUCCGGCGCGGUCGUAAUUCUUUCGUCCUCCCCUCCACGAACAUUUGCCUGCUCUCCCACCCCCGAUGAGACUCUAUCUCCAUUGCGGUCACCACGUGCCCUUUCCACACUCAAUCCGGCCGAUGCAGAACAAUUUAAGGACUCCAGACGGACUAGAGACGGGUUCUCAAGCGGUUACAGCAGUGCACGUGCCCUGCUCACAAAGGUUGCCGCUGAGAACAUCCCUGUCCGGUCUCAGCCAAAAGAUGGACUCAAGACCAAAAUCUUACAGCGUUCUGAAGAUCUUACCGGGAAACCACUCAAAGCAGCAAAGCCUGCGGAAAAGAACAAACAAGCUAUAGCAGAGGAGCGAUCUAAACACUUCAAGUCCAUACAGUCGCCUUCUCCUAUGCCACCUCCAAGCCACGGGGGUUCGCAGGCGACCAGAGCGCAUAUACAAACCUCAGGGACAGACUUGAAGUUCAUUGGAAACGAGGGCCUCUCAAAUGAGCGCGAAAGCCUCGUUGACUUAUAUUCCAGCCCGCUCUCCUUAGAGAAGGCCAUUCCGAGGCGCCUGGAUUGGACACCUGUCAAGCCGACUGCACAUGCCUUGGAGACUCCAAACUCUGAAGAUCGAGUCGUGGGAUUUACUAAUGAUCUCAUGGACUUUUAUGCCUUUGCCCCCUGUGCCACAACGGCUGUUGAGACAACUACAACAACGGACGCAAAUGAGACACGACUGAGUAGGAGAAGAAUCGACCUUGUCAUGACCACUGAGGCAAAGCCUUCACCAUCCUCGUGCAACCCACAACCUUACAAAAAUCUGGUGAGAUGUGACAAAGCCGGAAGGGCAAAGCCCGCACCCAAAAAGCCUCUCACGAUCACGGGAUUGGUCACUUCGAACUACAAUGACGGCCGACGCAACGACAAGAAGUUACCGCCUAUGCUGGAAUAUCUUACAGCAACACAAGUUGGUGCAAACACCGAAGGAGACUCCACCGUUGAAACCAGUUCGAAAACCGCGAAAUCAAAAACAACAAACAAGAAAGCACGGGCAACCAAGAAAGCAGCGGCCAAAACUCGAUUGAAAUCUCCUACGUCCGCAAUAAAGACCACUAUGGAGCAACCGGUUCUCUUUGGCCCAGCGAGUCAAUUAGCUCGGGACGAAUCGCCUACACUGACGCGGGAUACGGUGGAAGCACUGAGGCGCUCGGAAUGCUUCUCUUCUGACCCCAUAUCACCAUCGUUGACACAGCCCGCUUCGAUUGAGUCAGCUUCACCUAUCUUCUGUCGUGGUACGAGCCGAUUUGUGAAAAGAAGGAACUUGUGGGCUGCGGCUGGUCGAGACGAAGAUAAUGCUUUGCUGCAGGUCGACUGUGUCGACCUUACUGAUUCACCUGCUGUUCGCCUAGCUCUUGCAGGAAAAGACGUCCUUGUUCAACCUGUCGACCGGGACCACCCAGAAGCAAACACUUUCGAGAAUGAUGUACCAAUACUUGCCCAAGAGUCAUUUCCCAAAGUUGGAGAAGCCGGGUCCCUGGUCGACAUCGACGAUCUUGUCACGCCCAGCCGUCCAACACCUAUCUAUACGUCUGCACAAACAGGUGUCAAGCUAUACCAUACGUCCCGUACACUCAAGCAGCCGCAAAAGGGAGCCGAUAUUCAUCACAAGGACGACAAGUUGCAUACGAAAAUAAGGGAUGUUGCAUCGAAACUAAAGCCAUCUAUGCCAUCCUACGUGGGAUUCUCCGAUCACGAACUGAAGAAACAGAUAUCUGCGUACGGCUUUAAAGCUGUUAAGAAGCGAGAGGCGAUGAUCGAGCUACUCGAACGAUGUUGGGAAAGCAAACAUGGUCAGCAACAGGAACAUGAUGGUGACGAUGCCUCUAAUGAUGUGAUGACGCACGCCGAUUUACUCAGUAGGAUUCACGACGUCUCCACUAGACCAGCUCCAAAAGUCAAGAAGCCUCGCGCGAAGCGAAAAUCCGAAUCUGACGACACCAACAAGACCAAGGAGCCGAAGAAGAGGAAGAAGGUAGCAACCAAACCGAAUGGUCCUGCCCAAAAGGGAGGGAAAGGCUCUCGGAAACGCAUGUCAAAGGCGCCGACGGAUGAGAAAGUUGUGGACGUUGAUGAUUUGGAUGAUGCUCAUCAGCAAAACAUUGGAGGCCACAAUCAGGGAAUCUUUCCAGCACAGGAAGAGACAGAGACCCCGAGACUUGAGACUGGAGAUGCAGCUCAGAGACUCAUCACACCAUCACCAACGGUGCCGCAACCAAGUUCGCAAGGUCGCGAACCUUCCCGUGCUCAGAGCGCAGAUCCAGACUCCAAACUGGACAGAUCUCCAGUUGGAGGUCUUAGCCUUACGCCUCAGCACACUCCUAUACCAGACAUUCUGUCACAGAUACAUGCUGCUAUCUAUCACCGCCCAGAAACUCGGUCGCUUAGUGGGACACCUCGAAACCAUCAAAUAUCGCCAACCUGGCACGAGAAAAUUCUCAUGUACGAUCCGAUUGUGCUGGAGGAGCUUACGGUCUGGUUGAAUACAGAAGGCUUCAAGGCGAUAGGAGAAGAUCGCGAACCAGUCCGCAUCCCCAAAUACCUCUACGAGUUUUCUCCCACCCCCUCGCCAAAUUCGAUUCGUCUCGACCGAUGGCCAACCGCACACAAAGAGGAGGCGAAUCAAUGCUGCUUGUCUGACGUGUCGCAAGAGGAAGACGCGAUGCUCAGCCGCAGAGACGGCGAGAGACUUGAUGAGGAUGGUGAAGAAGAGGCCGACUCUGGCUCCUCCACGCCUCAAAAGCAGAGCCGAGAUGUGGAAGUCACGACGAAGCUGCGGGCGAGCUCAGAGAAAGAAGCGGACAACAAGCAGAGAGAUGAUGCCGGAGAAGUGAUAAGUCCUUCAAGCAAUCACACUGGCAGCAGCGUCGCCUCUGCGAGAAACCGGGUCCCCUACUUUCGAUAUUUUGGGCCGACCGCGAUCGUGCCUGGGUUCAAACAGAUGGUGGUGCAGGUUAAAGACCAUAGACCAAGCUUGCCUUCAACCUCUGGAGAGUCUCCAGCUGCGGGACAACAGCUAGAUGGAAACUUUGCUAUUGGCCAUGAUCGCAUGCGCAUUGGGAUACCCUUUUAUGAUGCUACGGAUCCGGAGCAAAAUGCGCCUCUGAUCACCCACCUUUGCGAAACUUUCUUCACCCAUCUCGGGUGCAACUACCCCUUUCUCCAACGCGACAGAUUCCUUCGAGAUUUGGAGGAGAAGAGAGUGGAUGCGAUCCUGGUUGACGCUGUCUGCGCCGUUUCGGCGCGAUUCUCAGGACACCCGCUUCUUUGCAAAUCCAACGACCCCUCUAUCCCAGUGGACGCCGAAGGAAAUGUUAGGAGAGCCUUUCGAGGACAACCCUUUGCACAAAGAGCCAUGUCAGCAGUGAUAGACACAUUUUCUUGCCCAACUAUGGCUGUUGCUCAAGCCUGUCUCCUUCUCGCCUAUGAGGAGUUUGGCGUAGACCACGACAGCGGGUUAUGGAUGUACCUUGGGACAGCCAUUCGCAUGGCGCAGGACCUCGGAAUUCAAAAGCUCGAAGGUCUACAGCUCGAAGGGCGGAUUGGGCCAACUCCAAAGACUGCUAAACAUAGUCAGCAAGGUAAGGCCGAGGAGCAGAGGAGAGCUGAACAGCAGCAGAAGCUGUCCAGCAAUCUCUGCGAACAGGAGAGUAGCCAACUGGACGACCGAAGGGCCAGCGAACAGGAACGAAUCGAUACCUUCUGGGCCAUCUUCUUUCUGGACCGAGCUGUCUCAUCAGGGGUUGGCCGUCCGGUCACUCUGCGAGACAAGGACAUCGAAAUCUCCUUCCCAUAUCGAGCCGAUGACAAGAUGAUCAAUGGGUUCCCUGAUCCGUUCCCUGCCAUGAUUAAGAUUGUUCACAUGUAUGGGCGAGUUGCGGAUGUUCUCAACAACAUAAAGGAAGUCAGCCAGGUAACGCCAGACGUGUUGAACCGGUUAGCAAUCAUGGAGAGAGAUUUGACAGGCAUAUAUCAACGGUUGUCGCCUAGACUGCAUUUCAAUGCCACCAAUUUCCAGCAUUAUGUCAAAGCGGACCAUGGUACAAACUUCAUCCUACUGCAUUUCUGGUUUCAUACCUUGAUCGUGCUUCUUCACCAACCGACUCUGCUGCACUCGUUCGAAGGACGCAUCCAACAGUUGUUCCCCGACAGCAGAGAAUUAUCCAUGUCGUCGGCAAAAACCAUCGCGGAUAUCCUGGCGUUUGCAGAGCUAAUUGAUGUAAAGAGCUUCAUCGGUAACCCUUUUACAAGUCAACCGAUGUAUGUUGCGGCGUGCGCUUUUUUGGCAGAAGCUGCUGCUCAUGCCUCUCAGCCGCCGUCUCGAGCGACGUCUCCGCCAUCAAAUGGACCUACGCCUCGGUUGAAACAAGACGUAAUUGCUCAUAGGACGCAUAUCACAGUCUCUGCGCGCCAUACACUUCUCGCUACCGCUGCAAAUCAAAACUAUCAGCGGUGUUACAAGGCGUUAAAAACCUUGGAUUCUUAUUGGGCUGGUUGUCGCUAUAUAUUGACGGCGCUCGACCAAAAGUCGAAAGGCUUGAUGGAUCCAUUGCUGUUUACUGCGGAUGAUGUUGACGGAGAAAUGCCAUCAACAGAGCCUUCGUUUACUACUCCCGGCUGGCGACGAAGCACCUCGCUCGCCGCUUCGCUAGGAGCAUACGGCAGACUGAGGUCGCUCAAUGCACUGUCGGGCCGCGGACCAAUAUCUCCUUCCAUGGUUCUCAGUAACGCAAUUGGGUGGUCGUUGACGGGAACGGCCAACUCCCUAGCCCCGAACCUUAGCUUCCUGUAUCCGACCGGAGGCGAAACCGCAAAGGCACCACAGGGGGGCUCUUCGGGGAAGGAACAGGACGAGACGACCCAGGGUCCCAUGCCUAGGAGAAAAGUCGAAGCGCAGUGGCGGAAUAGGAGUGUCUCCAAUCUUCAGGACACGACCACCAAUGAUCGGUUGGGACAAGCCUCUCCCGCAGAAACCUCGACCCAUGCCAACAAAGCGUCGUCUGUGCCUUACGAUCCAGUAUCAACGGCUGAUGCAGAUUUGUUGCUUGGACUUCACUCGCCAUAUACCACCAGUUCAGCUCCCAGACACGUCCAACUCAGCCAAUCUUCGAAUGCGUAUGGGUAUUCACAACAAGCGCAACGCUAUGCCGGUUCUUUAAGUCGUCAGCAACCAAUCACUGACGCGCAAAGCCAAGCCUACAGCGACAUGCUGAUCGAAUCACAAGACAUCGACAUGAGCUCUGGGCAGCAAUUCAACUUUGAUUUUCCAGGGGGCGACAUGAUACCCUGGUUGGAAUAUCUGCCACAGGAUGUUUUGAGUUACUUUACAGAACCUCAAGCAGGGACAUGA